UGUCACACUGGUUGCGGCUCAAAUCUAGUGAAGAAGACAGCGUUUGGGCAUCAUAGAAGAAUCCAGAGGAUCCGGAUGCUGACUAGAUAGGCGGCUCGUGAGGUUUUGAAACACAGCCAGUAAAAGCACCUCUGUCAUAGCAGCAUUCAUCUGGCUCGUAGAGCUCCGCGUGAACCGUCUGACAUCGCGGGGUCAUUCGCUCUGAAAGACAGCAAUCAGCCAUUUUAGCUUUGCGCGUAUAUCAAUGCCAAAAGAACAAAGCUUCCAUGAGGCACAAAGGCAAAAGACCGAGAGUUUUAGACAAUAAUAAAAAACCUGCCCUUUUAUUUCCGCGAGUUGCCUGUUUUCGAGCUGAAUUCUAGUAUGUGCCACUUCUAACGAUUGUAGGAAUGUCGAGCAUGGGAUCACAUCAGUUCUUCUCUUACAGCUUGGAAUCAUCUUGGGAGAUGACAGAUGGAUGCAUAGAGAGGAUUGAAGUCUGCCAGUCAGUGUUGUAAACUCACCAUGGACCAGGGCUUCAGUUUCAGCACACUGAAGAAGUUAGCUGCCGAGCCAGAUCACACUGACGUGACUCUGCCAGCGGUGGAACGCGUGCGGGCCCUCAGCAAAAUGGGCUAUAACAUUGAAAUAAAUGAAGACAUCGCCCCGAGACGCUACUUCCGCUCUGGUAUUGAGAUGGAGCGUAUGGCAGCAGUUUAUCUAGAGGAAGGCAGUCUGGAGAAUGCCUUUGUCCUCUACAACAAGUUCAUCACUUUAUUUGUUGAGAAACUCCCCUGUCAUAGGGACUAUCAGCAGUGCAACGUCCCUGAGAAGCAAGUUAUAAUGAAGAAAUUGCAGGAAGUGGCCUUUCCACGGAAGGACCAACUGAAGAUACUUCUCCAUGAGAAAUACAGCAAAGAACACAAUGAAUAUCUAAAGAGUCAGACUCAAGCCAUGGCUGUUGACAUGUGUAGUGGACGACUGCAGAAAAUGUCUCUGUUGGAGGAGGAACGGCAACGUGUAGCACAGCUCAGGAAGAUGCAAAUCGAGUCUGAGCAGUUCCGCUACUUCGAGGACCAACUGCAUAGACAAGAGUUGGCCAGUCGCAGGGAUGAGGCUGUCCCCAAAGUGCCUGAACAAACUGAUGGGUCCUGCUUAUCCCAGACCCAGAGAAACCAUGUGCGCCUUGACCCCAAUCGUAACAAACCAGCGGCCCCUGUCCCCAAACCGGCAGCCACCUUAGCAGCGAUACAAAAUCAGCGUGUUGAAGGCCUGAGGCGGGUUUUAAUCCCACGAGACCUGACUUACAGGUUCCUCCUGUUGGCUGACAGUAACACGGCGAGAGGAAUUGAGACUUGUGGAGUUCUCUGUGGAAAACUGACACACAAUGAGUUUGUGCUGACUCAUGUGAUCAUCCCCAAGCAGUCCGCCGGUCCUGACUACUGUGACAUGGAGAACGUGGAAGAGCUGUUCAGUUACCAGGACCAUCAUAAUCUUCUGACCCUGGGCUGGAUCCAUACACACCCGACACAGACAGCCUUCCUCUCAAGCGUGGAUCUGCACACACACAGCUCUUAUCAGCUCAUGUUACCUGAGGCCAUCGCCAUUGUUUGCGCACCGAAACACAAUGACACGGGAGUGUUCCGCCUCACCAGUGCUGGAAUGGGAGAAGUGGCUGGAUGCAGAUUGAAAGGUUUUCACCCCCACUCUAAAGACCCUCCUCUGUUCACUAUUUGCAAGCACAUUGUGGUGAAGGACACGAAAACGACAGUUCUGGACCUCAGGUGACAGAGGAAGAGAGGAAAUAUUUCAGUAUCUGCAAAUCAUUGAGAAUAUUUAUAUCUUUCUUUACUUGAGUUCUUUUUUUCUAUUUAUUUAUUUUACAAAAAUCUAGAAUCCCUCAGCUGCAAAUUUCACUGUGAGCAGGUUUGGUGAAGUUAUUGAGGUGUUCCAAUGGUGUUUUGUGUUUUUAAGUCAUCAUGCGCUUUUUGUUCAUAGCCAGGUGUUUAACAAAUGUUUUGGUCAGAUUGUUCCAUCUCAUCAUCUGACUGCUGUUUUGGUUUUGUCCACAAGGUGGCGUCCUUUAUCAAGGCAUACUAUGAGGCUGCUACAAAUGUAAAAUGGUUUCAGGAAGUUGUGUGUGUGAUUUGCCUUUUUUUUUAUCCAGUGAUAUCACUUGCAGUUCUCACUUUAACACAAUGUACACUGAAGAAGAGAAAUUUAUUUUAAACCUAACUGAAUUUUCUAGUUUUGUGUUUGCUGCCAGUACUAAAAUAAAUUGAAUUGCUAUAUGAGAGUCAUUUUUAGGCCUUACUAUGUUAUCAUUUUUGUGGUUGAAUGGUUGAUAAUUAAACUUUGUAUAUAAUGUCAGUUCAGAUAAAAGUUCAGGCUAAAGGAUUUCUGUCUUUUUCAACUCCAGCCUAAUGAUGCGAUAUGACGUUGACCAGUGAGCUGACUGUUUUGAUUUCCAAGUUCAGCAUUUUUUCCAUUGUGGAUCUGAUUACAAGGAAAGUGACUUUUGAAAAGUAUAAAAAAGAUUGGGAUCUCUUAGACGAGACCAAAUUACCCAUAAUAGAAUAAGCAUAGACAUCCCCAGAGGAUCUCAAAUGCACUAUUCUCACGGUUUCAUUGCCUCAUUUUAACAUUUACUUUAAUUUUUGGCUCCACUAUUUUUAUGGUUUGGGAAGAAAACUUUUUGUCACCAGUGGGAGAUGAAAUCCAUUAUAUGAUAACUUGAACUCCAUGCAGUUCAGAGGGGUGUUCGCUGUAUCCUGUAAUUCUUGUAUAAUGUGGCAUUGGAUUGUUUCUUCAGUCUAUUGCUGUGUGCCAGUGGCUCCACUGAGAUGUGCUGUUGUCGUACUUUGUGCUCAAGAGAGUACAAGGAGGCUUAUGUGUCUGUACAAACACAAUUUUAUCCUCCGCGCAUUUGUUAAUAAAAGCUAAAUACCUCUGUUAUGAAA